UAUAGUAAUACCUCUUUUCUUCAGUCUCCCACUGGCAUUUAUCUUUAAUCUCAACUUGUUAUGUCACCUAUCCACUUUUGCCCCAUGAACCCACAUAUUAGAAUUGUCUAGGUUCAUAGUCCGGAGCAAGAUUUUUGAACUAAAAUUUUUGGAUCCUGUCAGCUUCAGUUGGGUCGGAUCCUAGUCUACAGGAUCCAGAUCCGCUUUCGUGUACCCACCUGGUGUGUCUCAACCGUCCCUGGGGUCGGGUGCGAUUCAGUUCAGGUAGCGCUUGUAUAGGUUCUACUUCCAGCUCUAACAUGCCUUCUAAUGCCAAAGGAACCCCAAAAGUCCUCGACAUCUUGUUUCGCACGCUCCCCUCCGCCAAGAACAGAUUCAUAGGAGCUACCCACCAGAAAGGACUCCACACAGGUGCUCAAGGUCUCAGCAGGUUCGCCUUCCCUUCCCUCCUCAAGAACUGCGCAGCCCAGCUGAACGUCCACCAUGGCAAGCAACUCCACGCUUCCAUCAUCCAAACCGGCCUCCAAUUCGAUCCCUUCAUCGCCAGCUCUCUCAUCAACAUGUACGCGAAAUGUGGUUCCCUGACCGAUGCCAAUCAUGUGUUUGUUCAACUCCCUCAAAGAGAUGCUACCGUGUGGAACGCCAUGAUUGCCGGCUGCUUCCAUCACGGCUGCCGACAUGAAGCCCUCUCUUUGUUCUACCGCUUGCAGUUGUCGGGCGUGAGACCCGAUGGGCACUCUCUCAGCAUUAUCCUCGGCAGUUGUAGUAGUAAUUUGGUUAUUUGGCAUGGCAGACAGGUGCACGCUUUUCUUGUCAGGAAUGCUUUGGACAGCGAUUCAUUCUUAGGGACUGCAUUGAUCGACAUGUACGCAAAGUGUCGCCAACUAACGGAGGCAUACCGGGUGUUCCACGGGAUGGUCGAUAAGAAGAAUGCUUCCUUGUGGAAUGCAAUGAUCGGGGGCUUUUGCCGUAAUGGGUUGUGGGAGGAAAGUUUAGAACUUUUCGUGCUCAUGAAGAAUUGGGGCUUGGAGCUGCAGUCCACCACCUUCUCGAGCAUUCUGGUAGCAUGCUCAGCUGGCGAGGCGGUGACUUUUGGGGAAGGGGUUCAUUGUUGCUUGAUAAAGUUGGGAUUCGAGCCCGAUCCUUAUAUCUGCACUUCUCUUCUGGGAAUGUACAGUAAAUGUGGAUUGCUCGAUGAGGCUCGUAGAGUUCUUGAGAGUGCAACGAGCAAAGGAAUUGAACUUUGGAAUUCGAUGAUCUCAGCAUAUGUUGGUAGUAGUUAUGCAUUAGAUGCUCUUAAUGUUUAUAAGCAAAUGAGGUUGAGUAAUAUGAGGUCAGACUGCAUUACUAUUUCUAAUGUGCUGUCUGCUUGUAGCAUUAUUAAUCUCUUGGAUUUCGGCAAGGGAGUUCAUGGAGAGCUGAUAAAACAACCAGAACUGAAUAACAUGAUGGUGCAGAGUUCCUUAAUCAAUAUGUAUAUGAAGUGUGGAAGCACCGAGGAUGCCAGGCUGCUCUUUAAUUUGACUAAAGAUUGGGAUGUCAUUGUUUGGGGUUCUAUGAUUGCAGGGUACUGCCAGAAUAUGAAAUAUGAUUGUGCAUUAAAUCUAUUCAAUAAACUGAGGGUGAAAGAUUUGAAACCUGACUCUGCUGUCAUUGCAAGUGUUGCCUCUGCCUGUGCUGAAUUGGGAUUCCUAGUACUUGGGUAUCAGAUUCAUGGGUUUGCAAUCAAGAGUGGCACAAGUUUUGAUGUGUUUGUGGCUAGUGCUCUGAUAGAUAUGUAUGCAAAGUGUGGAUUGCCACAGUUGGCAGGAAUUAUCUUUUCUGGAUUGCCAUAUAAGAAUAUUGUGGUAUGGAACUCUAUGAUCUCAGGUUAUGGUAGGAAUGGCCUACUUGAUGAAUCCAUCAGUACUUUUGCCCAAAUAUCUCAGCAUGGUUUGGUUCCUGACUCAAUCUCCAUAACCAGUCUUCUUGCUUCAAUCUCCUCUUUAGCUGCAUUGGAGAAAGGAAAGAUGAUCCAUGGCUACCAGAUAAGAAAAGAAGUGAUUUGUGAUGGUCAUGUAGAAAAUGCACUUCUUGACAUGUACUUGAAGUGUGGCUGCUUAAAAUAUGGGCAAUCCAUUUUUGAUAGGAUGCAUUUAAGGAAUAUAGUGGCCUGGAAUACAAUGAUCACAGGAUAUGGACAUCAUGGAUACUGUCUGAAAGCAAUUGGAUUGUUUGAAGAGAUGAAGAGACUGAGAGUGUUACCAGAUGAUGCCACUUUUCUCUCUUUAAUAUCAUCUUGCAGUCAUUCAGGUUUGGUUGAAGAAGGCAUGGCAUUCCUCCAAUCCAUGAGCAGGGACUAUGGCAUCGGCCCUAGGAUGGAGCAUUACUUGAACGUGGUAGACCUCUUGGGUCGUGCAGGGCAACUGGAUGAAGCCUACUGUUUCAUCAAAGCUAUGCCAAUGGAGGCUGAUGAGAGUGUUUGGUUGUGUUUUUUAAGUGCUUGCAGAGCUUAUAGGCAUAUGGAAUUUGGAGAAAUUGCUGCCGAUCACCUUUUAAAGCUAAAGCCUGAAGGGAGUGGGAGUUUCACUCAGCUGUUAAAUUUCUAUGGGGAAGUGGGGUUGUACGACAAAGCAGCAAAAGUAAAGUUACAAAUGAAGGAGUUGGGUUUGAAAAAAAAUCCUGGUUGCAGUUGGAUUGAGGUCAAAGAUAGGGUCCAAGUAUGUUUCUCAGGUGAUUCAUCUCCAUUGAUAAUAGAGAUCCAUGAUACAUUAAGAAAUCUUAGAAGAUCAAUGAGAGAGGAGGACAAAUUAUCAAGAUGAUGAUGCUUUGUCAAAGACACAAUAAACGUUAUUAAUACAUUGUCUUUGUUAGAAGAGCUUAUGUGGUAAUGCCAGCAAGCAGAGCUCAUCCCCAGCAAUGGAGAACAUGAUUAUGUAAAUGGGUUCUAGAAGUAGAUCCAACAGAAGGUUCUCAUAAUUUUUUUCACUAGUUGAAUUGGUGAGAAAAAGGAAAACUGUGGGUUUGUGAUCUAUAGAACAAUUCAUAAUACAACAGUUAUCAUAUUUGAUGACCCAUCCAAAAAAUAAGAUUCAGCAAGUUUCCAUAGGCUGGCAUUGGAAUGAAAUGCAGUCCAGUGUAUGGGAGAGUGAAUCAGAGAUUAUUCAAGUGUUCCAGCAGAGCUGCAAAUUCUCAGGCUGCCAUGGGAAACUUGUUUGACUUUUUGUGAAUUAUGGUGUCACUGGAGGUCAUACCAAUGGUGUGUCAUGGAGCUAAUUUAAGAUUAGGCCAACUGUCUGGGCAUUGUGGAGCCUUAUGCCAUGGAAGGCUGGAAGGUCACUGUAGCAUUAUACAAAAAGGAAUCCGACAUUCUAACACCAGCGAGAAGCAGGCUGAGGGCAUUCAACUGGUAGAGCACAGUGGUACUAGUGUGGCAGGACGUUAGGGCAAGUGGAUUUGAGGGGAUGGAAUGAGAAAGAGGCAACAAGACAUCAUAUGAGAUUGAACAUAUUUCUCUACCAUGUGUCAAACCAAUUGCAUAUCAAGGUUUUUUCUGCCUCGACACACCUUUAAGUCUAGCAUUCUUCAAUUUAUAUAUUUUCAUAAAUUUAAACUAUUUUAUUAAUAAAAAUUAUAAUUUAA